AUGCACUCCUUUCCCAAAGCAGCGUCUGCAGCUUACACAUAUUUAGCUGCCCACCCAAGCGAUUCCAAAAUGGAAAAUAAUGUUAAAUAUUAUAUAGAUAUGCCUGAAGUUGAUGUUAAUGAGAUAUAUUAUGGAGCUAAAUAUAAUUAUUUCACAGUAACUUGUAUUGCCAUAAAAAUGGAUGGUGAUUACAGUGAUGACAAAAUAAACAUAAAAACUUUAUUGUUCACCAAAGCCAUUCCAAGCUAUACCCUACCUAUAGCACAAGGACAUAAAGUUUUCUCGUGCACCGACUGUGGUGACAGAUACAUCAUGGAAUCAAGCUAUGAUUAUCAUGGCACCGCGAUCUCGGAUGUACGGUCUGAAGGAGAGCGGGAGUAUAUAACGCAGACUUUAACCAAG